AUGGCGAAGAUCCUCGCUCGACCUUCCAAAGAGCUGCUAGGCGAGCCGCCGUCUGCUUCCGAGGCCCAUCGGUCUACAGAGGUGAAGCAGGUGAAGCUGGCGAGUGUUUUGAUGGUGGUGGACCUUCGUACUUCGUACUUCGUACGGCACCCCAGGCCUGAGCUCUUUCGACGAUGCGGACCAGCACCUGCCUGGAACCCGGGCUCUGCAGAGCACGACACGCACAGUCGAACUAGAUUGCAGCGCCUCGGAGACUUCGAUGAUGGCACUGCGCUGGAGGUUCCUCUACCAGCAAGCGUCGUUCCACACACCUGCCGUUUGCUCUAUCUGCGUGUGGAGAUCGCCACGAUGCCCAUGACGCGGCUUUGCUUCAACCUCUCCCUGCAUCCGGUGACUCGCAGCUGGCUCCUGGGCCACUUCCUCAUCCUAUUGUGCAGGCAGACGGAGCCAGAGGCCUCGCUGGAGUCCCUCCCGCCCCCUUGCCUCUUUGAAGGACUGGAUGGGCCCGGGUCCCAAUCCAAGCAGCCUCACCGCAGUCCGCUGGAAGUUCAGUCUGUGGGCUCUCAGAGAGUCUUGGCCAUUUUGGCCUACCUACUCCGCCGAGUGCCCCAGUGUGGGGACUUCUUUGCACGGAAGCUGCAGAGCGAGCCUUGGUUAAAGGCUUUCCAUGCACCACAAUGGUCGACUGAUCGUAGCAAGAAGUCGCGGGGAGAUGUCUCGCUCUUGCAAGGGAUUGCAAUUUCGGACUUACCGGGCCACUGUGCAGUGAAUCUUCUCAUGCAGCUGGUGAACACGAGACUCUACUUGUCUUCCUCCCGACACGCUGCCUGGCUGCUCUCCGUCUUGCAUGCGCUGCUCUGUCCGCAGCCGGCCCGGAGCUCCACCAGCUCCAAGGACUCGGAAGCUUUCGAGACGCCGGCCACGGUGGCCACGGCCAGCGCGGCCGCCACUGCCACUGCCGCGGCCGUUCCGGCCGUUCCGGCCGUUCCGCCCAGCCCGGCCGCACCGGCCGCACCGGCCGCACCUGCGCAAGCAGCGCAAGCAGCGCAAGCAGCGCAAGCAGCGCAAGCCGAGGAGACGGAAGAGACGGUUGGGUCACAGCGGUGGAGCAAGAUCAUUGAGGACAUGCACACGGCCCUGUCCCAAGAGAGCGUGCUGGCUCUUUGCCACUUCCUUUGCCAUGCCGGCAGUGGCCACGGCUCGAGUAGUGAGGGUGAUGCAUUCCAACUUGCAGGGGAUAUCCUGGUGGCCCUGGCAGCUUCACGUACACACCUGGACACCGUAAGGUGUGAGUUGAUGCAGGUCCUGGCCCUUUUGGUCACGGACAUCGAGCGAGCUCUUCAGGAGUGCGAGGCCGCCGCUGCAGAGCCCUCCACGAUCGAGUCGCGCUUCCUUCGCGUGGUCAGGACUUUGACCGAAGUUUUCCGGGAGGCCUCAAAGUCAGGACCAGACCGAACUAGCUCGAAGCCGGAGGGCUUCAUGGAGGAGGCUCGUGUUGAAAAUUUGUGGGAUGCCCUAGAUCGCACAUUGGAGCGCCUGGACGACCCGGAGAUGUCAGCCACGCCAGCACAGAAGCUCCUGUCCUCCGGUGAGGGGGACGCCGGUUCGCCUGACAACAGCCAGUCGCCUCCGAAGCCGUUGCUGAACCGGCUGCUGCCGCUCAUUGAAGCCUUCUUCGUGCUCCAUGGCCACAUCACCGAGGAAGCGGACAAGGCCCCACGACCAGAGGAACCACUUCAGAUGACCGAGGGUGGCUCCUCCUCUUCUCAGCCGGGCAAAGUCCCGUCACCAGCUCAGCUGUCGCACGUUUUUGCCGAGUUCCACGAGCAGUCUGCAGCAGAGAGAUCUCGCUUCGGCCAGUUCUGCAAGAAGCACCGGCGUCCGUUGAAUGCGCUGCUGAAACAGACACCUUCGCUUCUGUCGAAGUCUUUCGCUCCGGUCCUCCAAUAUAUGCCGACCUGUCUGGACUUCGACAACAAGCGGGCCUAUUUCAGGGCGCAGCUCCGGUCUCGGAGGCUAGAAAGCCGGUAUCAGACCAUCCGCUUACGAGUCCGUCGAAAUGAGAUUUUCAUGGACUCGUACCACCAACUCCGGAUACGGACCGGUGAGGAGAUGAGGGCCAAGAUCCAGGUUCAAUUCCAGGGCGAAGAGGGCAUCGAUGCCGGAGGUGUGGCCAAGGAGUGGUAUGGAGCGCUGGCCAGGGAAAUUUUUAACCCCAACUAUGCCCUCUUUGUGCAGGCCGGUGGCAAGGCUUGCACCUACCACCCGAAUCCGAUGUCCUAUGUCAAUAGAGACCACCUCCAGUUUUUCCACUUCAUUGGAAGGGUGGUUGGCAAGGCCAUUCAUGAUGGCCAGAACCUGGAGGCUUGGUUCACCCGAGGCUUCUACAAGCACAUGCUGGGGAAGAAGGUGAUUCCUGCUGAUCUGGAAGCAUUUGAUCCUGAAUACUUCUCCAAUUUGAAAUGGAUGCUGGAUCAUGACAUCACAGAUAUCAUCGAGCUCACCUUCUCCGCAGAAAGCGACGAGCUGGGGCAGAUCAAAGUGGUCGACCUCAAGCCUCAGGGCAGAACUUUGCCCGUAACCAACGAAAACAAACACGAGUACAUUCAACUCAUGUCGGAGCACAAGAUGACGAACUCUGUCAAGCAGCAAAUAGAGCACUUCCUCAAAGGCUUGCAUGAGAUCGUCCCUCCGCAGCUGCUGUCGUUGUUUGACGACAAGGAGCUGGAGCUUCUCAUCUCGGGCCUGCCGGAUAUUGACAUUGAGGACCUGAAGCAGAACACCGAGUAUCACAACUAUACGCCGCUGUCGGAUCAGGUCCAGUGGUUCUGGAAGGUCUUGAGCGAGUUUACGCAGGAGCAACGAGCGUGGUUCCUGCAAUUCGCCACUGGAACCUCUCGAGUUCCGGUCGAAGGCUUUAAGGGUCUGGUGGGUAUGAGAGGGCCGCAGAAGUUCUCGCUUCACCGUGCAUAUGGUUCAGAUCGGCUCCCAUCGGCGCACACCUGUUUCAACCAGCCGCGACCUUGUUUAGGGAGAGCCAGAAGUACCCUCCCCCUCCCCUGUAGCAACACUGCAGUGUCAAUGUGCUCCGUGACAAAACACUGUGACAAGAGCGAAGGGCGACAAGUGUGCUCAAGCAUUAGGGUUCCUCAAAAACACAGGAUAAGACAAGGCUAG